CGAGCGAGCAAAGGUCGGCGGCUGUCGCCGUUGUGGUCUUCUGUCGUCAAGCUCCCUCAACGCGGCCCAGGAAAAUGUUGGCUGCUGAUGAAUUUUCGCUGGCCGAUGCUCUACCGGAGAGUUCCCCUGCCAAGAGUUCCUCAGUGGGCAAUACAAAGCCACCUCAACAGCCCAGCCAGCCUCCACAAGCCUGGCCAACCUCCAGUCCCUGGAAUAACGCACCAAGUGCUCCUCCUGCAGCUCCAUCCGGUUUGCCUCCUAGCUCAUCGACUUCCAACGUGCCUUUUGGUCCCCCACCAACAGGAAUGUAUCCUUCCCUCCCCCCCGGGGCACCAGUUCCUUUUCCUCCUCCUGGUUCUUCUUGUCCUCCAGGUGCUCCAUAUCCACCCCCUGGUCCUGCCCCACCAGGGCAAUAUCCGCCACCAAGCAUGCCCUUCCCCGAGAUUCCGAGGCCAUAUGGGGGUCCCACUGAACCAGGUGCGCCCCCCGCUGCUGUUGGAGCAUGGGGAUCCAUGCCCACUGGAGGGUGGGGAGCCUCAGUUGGGGGACAGUAUCCUGCACCUAGUGUGCCAUAUCCACCUCCAGGGCCAUAUUCCACUCCCACUCAGACUCCAGGGGCUGCUCCUACAGUGCCAUGGGGUGCUGUCCCCCCAGGACCAUGGGGACCUUCGCCUCCUGCCCCAUUUCCUCCACCAACAGGAUCCUACCCAGCUCCAGGGCUGUACCCGACACCACCUAAUCCUUACCAAGUGCCACCUGCGCCUGCUGGAGCACCAUCCAUACCUGGUGGCCCUCAUCCCUACCGUUGAACUUGUGGCAGGCUGCCUCCCUACCUAUUUACAAAGAAAAGUUUUUAGUAAUCUUUUGGAGUCUUGAAGAGCCUACCUGUGUUCUGCCAGCCCAUUUGUGGUGUGAGGGAGCACUCCUCCAACGCUUAUUUUGUGUGAGAUGGAUUAGGAUAAACAAGUUGACUGCCCCAGCUCUCUAAUCCUUACUCUAGUCAAGAUUUCAUCAAGUGACAUUAGCCUAAUGAGUAAGGACUAACCCUGGAUCAAUACUACAACUGUGUCUUAAUUGCGGAUUUAAAGGAUUGACCUGAUUGACAGACCACAUCUUAAUUUAAAUAA